CUCUCCCGUCUCUGCUCACAGGUGACUGCGAGGAAGCGCUGUGCGGGAACCGAAGGAAGAAAAAAAAAACGGAGGUUUCCCCUCGCAUCUCUGACAUUAAAAUUCUAGUCACGUUCAGCGAAAAGGGCAGGAGUUAGAUGGCCAUACAGGUCCCUGAGAAGAGCCCCGGUUCUCUCAUUUCGCCUCCACGCCUCCUACUCAGCUUCCUAUAGUGUCUUCUCGUCUGUUCACCGCGCUGAUCCGUUCAAACUUGAGGACAGCAUGACAGGAGGACUGAAGGACGGCGAAACAGAAGAGGAGUUUCUGCAUUCACCGUUCAUCCGAAAACAAGGGAACAUUUACAAACCUAACAACAAAGACAUGGACAACGACAGUCUGAACGAGAAGACGAUGGACGACGUCCACACCAAAGAGAUCGACCUGGUCAACCGUGACCCGAAGCGCAUAAACGACGAUGUGGUCAAGGUAGACUUUGAGGACGUGAUUGCCGAGCCUGCAGGGACCUACAGCUUCGACGGCGUGUGGAAAGCCAGCUUCACCACCUUCACUGUGACCAAGUACUGGUGCUACCGGCUGCUGACGGCCCUGGUCGGCAUCCCCCUGGCGCUGAUCUGGGGAAUCUUCUUCGCCAUCCUGUCCUUCCUGCACAUCUGGGCCGUGGUGCCGUGCGUCAAGAGCUACCUGAUCGAGAUCCACUGCGUCAGCCGCGUAUACUCCAUCUGCGUGCACACCUUCUGCGACCCGUUAUUUGAGGCCAUGGGCAAGUGCCUCAGCAGCAUCCGAAUCAGCACAACCAAGGAGGUGUAGUGUCCACGAAGAGGAGGAGGAGGAUUAACGGAAAGAGGGGAGGGAAGUAGGGAGGGCUACAGCAACACAGAUGGAGGGGAAAGUCACAACAGAGAAGAAGAAGAAGAAAAAUAGACCUCUGGGAAAUGAGAAGUGAGACUUUUCCAGAGCUUGGCGGGGGUUGUGUGGAAGUGAAGAGGCGUGGUCACAUGGCACCUCACCCCGUCAGCUGUUUUUUUCUCUCCAGUGUUGCCUUUACCAAACAGGUGGGCACAGGAAAUCAAAGGGGUCGUUCUCCGGGGUUUAUGUUGUUGUUUUGUUUGUGUUGUUUUUUUGUUUUUUUUUAUUCCUCCCUGUUCAUUUUGUCAAGCAAGCGACCGAGCUCUGUUUCUCUUUUCUGUCAGUUUUGCCAAAUGAUGUAAAUUCCUUCCAUUCUUUCUGUGAGCUUCUCACUUUGAGUGAUUCAUGUGAAGAGGGGAUGUCAGGGUGUAUCACUGUCUUCUCUCGCGCUUAUUAGUGUGUGUGUGUGUGUGUGUGUGUGUGUGUGUGUGUGUGUGUGUGUGUGUGUGUGUGUGGGUGUGUGUUUUGGAGCCGUUGGGCAGGGCAGGGCGGUUGGACGCCGGGGGUUAGGGGGGUCAAAGCGGAGAGAACGAGUGAGCGCUGCCAAAUUCUAUCUGACUCAGCGAAAUCAAAACACAAGCCCGCAAGCCGAACAGCACAGCAACAGCCCUCCCUCUGCUCGCCCUCCACCCCCUCAUGACCUCCAACCCACCAAGCCAACCGCCCCCCCCCCCCCAACCCUUCGCCCGGCUUCCCAGCAGUCUGACACACUGAACCUGCCCUCGUUCCUGCAUGCACCUGCGUCGCCUUGCCAGCAACUCGCCGUCCGCCACCGCCACACGCCCCCGCCUCGCUCACGGCUUCUUACCCCACCUCAAACUAAAGUCUCCAUCAUCACCAUUGUCCUCGUGUGUGACUGAGAAUGUUAGCCUUUGAAUUUUUUUACAAAAGAAAUAUCCCUUUUGAACUCCAAUGUGGGUUUACUGACCAACUUUGGCUUUUUCAUUUUUCAGUGAAGCUCUUAAAUGCACCAUAGUCCCAUAGUGAAUGCUUUUUUUCCCCUACUCUAUGAAUAUGAAGAACUUUGAGGGUUUAACUUGUAUGCCGUUGUUUUAAUAUCCUGUAUGUACUGUAUGGGUGUCGACUUUACAAGCUGUGUCCUCAUUCCAGUGCACUAAUCUAUGGGAAAGUAUUGUUAGUGAGUAGCACUAAUGAAGAUCUCCUGUCUCUAUUUGCAAAGGUAGCAGAGUACUAGCGGUUACUUUUGACAAGCUUGUGUGGAGAUGUUUCUUACGCGCUGUGGUACUUGCACAGGUUAAUGCAUUGGAAUUAAGAUAAUGUGAGAUGGAAUGUGUGAUUUCUUUUUUAUGCAUUUUUAGUUGUUAUCUGGUCAUUAUUUUGCAUCCCAUCCAUCCUUUUUUGUUGUUUUUUUGUUUUUUAUUUUACCCCAAGUAACUUGUUCUGUUCGCUUCUUGACUGUGGACACGAUGCUGAAAAGCAUCAAACUGAAGCCUCCCGCCCCAGAGAUGGGUGAAGGGAGGGACGGUUGGGUGGGGUUUCUGUAAUGGGGUGGGGGGGGUAUGUUUUAUUGAGACACUACACUACGCUUUGACUCCGUCACCUUCACUCUACCUGCUGUCUUCUCACAGGGAUGGUAAUAUCACAGCACCUGUUCCUUGAAUUGAGUGUUUUAAGCUCCAAAGGUGAUACUGUUAUAAGAAAAUAUGUGUUUUUUUCCCUUCCUUGCUUUUACUGUACAAUAUCACGCUGUGCACAUUAAAAUUUAAUAUAAUCCAG